AUGGUCAACAAUGGCCCAUCGAAAGGCUGCUUGACAUGUCGCAAACGACGUGUUAAAUGUGACGGGGACAGGCCAAGCUGUCGUGAAUGCCUCCGGCUGCGACGGGUGUGUGGAGGUUACGAAUCAAGGAAAAAGACAGGCGAGAUUCGGUUCAAGGACCAGGGCACUGGGGCAAAGACAUCACGGUUCAGAAGCCCUCGCAUGUCCAUAACGCCAGGAUUUCAAAUUCAGGCUGCCAUACCAGCAAACAUUUCCCCCGACGACGAAUCCUUCGCUAUCUCCUUCUUCCUCACCUCGAUCGCGGGCCUAGGACGCAGCUUUCACUCGACCCAGGGUUUCCUAGAGCCUCUUUUCCCCGCCGUAGCCAAGGAGCAUUCGGAUUCUGUCCUCUCCACCGUCCUGACGGCCGUGUCAACGAAGCUCUGGAGCUUAUGGAAAACCCCAACAAAGAGCUUUCGAACGCCUCAUCCUCCCUUUACCAAGGCACUGAGUCGCCUACAAGGAGCUCUCAACGAUCCUCUCGAGCGGUUGAAAGACACCACCGUACUCAGCGCUAUCUUGAUGCAUUUCUACGAGAGCAUCGCUGCUCGCUCAACGCAUCAGCAUACCAUGCGCGUCCACCAGGACGGGGCGCGUGCAUUGCUCGAACAUGGCGCCGGGAGCGUCCCGGACUCAGAUUGCCGUGCAUACUUGAGGAGCUACCUGCGGCACUGUGAUGUGUCGACAUAUAUGGAGCUGCAACUAGACGACACCUCGGGCCUGGAUGUUUGGUUCGAUGCAGGAUGGGACUAUUCUAUGCCAGCGAACCCGAAUGCAGUCUUGGACCUGAUCGGGCUCUCGAUUGCCGAUUUACAGAAAAGACUAUCCACCUUUAUGUGCGGGCUGGCCAAGAAUAACCUGGAUGGUCUGACCCUUGCGACUUGGUGGCAGGACGCUUCGUCCGUCAACACACAACUCUUGGAUUGGGUUAACUUAGUGCCGGCCUCAUGGCAGCCAUAUAAAAGACCCCAAGACGACGCCUUUGCUUACUUCGGCUUCUGCGAUAUAUACCCAACCGUCCAGAUUGCCACCAUCUGGAACGUAUGGCGCGUUUGCCGGCUCAUGAUCCUACGGAUGCAGUUCUAUCUGCUUACCAAGUCGCCCUCGGAGGCGCUGCAGCAAACCAUCUUGAUUGCUACCAAGGAUCACAGUUUCCCAGAUCCCAAUCUCGGCAGGGAGUUGGUGGACUCUAUCUGCCGGUCCGUGCCGUUUUACCUGGGCAACCGCCAAAAUCACGGAGGUUUGCACGACUUGGCGGACCCGGCGAUCAGAUUCCCCAACUACCACGACAAAGACUUGGAUGAGGCCAUACGUACCCAGCCCUUCGCACGCAUUGCUUCACUUGAAUAG